AUGGGCACGGUGCAUGACGACGCCACGAUGCCGUCCUACUACUAUUACGUAGACCCCGCCGGACCCGCGUACGAGCCGCAGCAGCCGAACCCUAUAGAUGACCUAAUAUCGGUAUACGGACUCCAGGACAUCUCGCGGCAGGUAGCACGCACCAACGCAGACGGCACCAAGGCCGUCAAGCUGCGCAAGUCGUACAAGAACCAGAUACAGGACCUGUCCGGCAAAUUCUCUGUGAUCCCUACGCGCGAGAACGGCAAGGGGGGGGAAAUAUCGCCGAUCGUGUUCCAGAACACCGACGGCGAUGCAGUGCGCGAGCGGGGCAUGGGCCCGGAGGAAUGGAGGCGCGCACAGGUGUUCCGCGAUCAGGCACUGUUCGAGGCCCCGACGAUGGACUGGGACAUGUGUGCAGAGGUGAUUUCGCAGUUUGAGCGGAGUUACCCGGGCGAGUUUAAGAACCAGGGGUUCGAGGUAGAAGACCUGGCGUUCGACUUGGACGGGUCGGGCGCCAACGGGGCCGCGCUGGGCGGCAAGGCAAAGAAACGCAAAAGCAGGUCCAAUGGGUCGUCCAUGGCGACGCCGAACAGCGACCUGCAAGAAGACAUCAAGCGGCGGCGGUUGGAAUAG